UCUCAACUUAAACAUAUGUGAAUUUAAGGGGAAGGGCCGUUAAUUGAAUUAUCUCUCUGAAUAAACUGUUGCAUUGCAGUCGGAAAUUUACGGAAGCAGGAAGCGAAGUAAACUAAUCAAGAGAAUAUGACAAAGAUUCCUUUAAAUGACACAGAAUUUGAAUAUCUAAGAACUACACUUAUAUCAGAAUCAACAAGUGUUUCAGAUAAAUUUGAUAAGCUGUAUUAUUCUAAAGGAUACCUUACAGGAAGGCAGGCUGCUGCCAUUUUAGCUUGUUAUAAAACAGCUCCAGAAAGAGUCCGGGUGAUAAAAGCUUUACAAAAAAGAUUAUGCCGUAUGACAUGUGCUGAAGCAAUUGAAAUAUUAAAUGUUUUACAAUCAACCAAUUAUGAUCGAUUAUUUGCAUUAGACUGCAUUAAACAUACAUUAGUUGAUCAUGAAACAACUGACGGCAUUGAAUAUAUCUUGAAAGCUUUUGUUUAUGAAAUUGACAAAUUGAAAGCCUUACAAAUAUUGUCAACUGUUAGUAUGUAUGUUAAAAAAGAGUUAGCCAGUGGUGGACAUCAAGUUUAUGCACCAUUUGGUGGUCUUUAUACCCAAAGCUUUCCAGGUUGUGAGGCCCUCUAUGGACCAAUUAGUGAACAAAUGGCUCUCAAAGAUCAUUUAGUAAAGCCUUCCCUUCCAGUAACAGUAAAUAUACAUCCAUCACUGUCAAUAUUUCAUUCAUCACCAUCAUAUAAAUAUAUAGGUGAUUUAAACCGUUCAUGGUAUCCCGGUGGUGGUAGACCACCUUUACCACCAACAAUGGCGGAACAUGUUAAAAUAGGUCCACCAAAACAAGUAGCUGAAAGUGAGCUGGGUUUUCUCGAAAAAUCCCCCAUCUUCCAUGAUAACAAUGCUAAUAAUACUAAUAACGUAUGUUUAACUGCUGAUUAAUUUGAAAAAAGCAAAUAAAUCAUCUAUUUGUAAGCAGGCAGAAACUGAUUGUCGUUUUUAAUAUUAUUUUAUUACACAUUGAUUUUUUCAUCCAUUGUGAAACUAGUUAGAAGGAAAUGAAUUUUUCACACUUGCGAUUAUUAGAUAAAUGCAAGUCGUAAGUAAUUAAACAUUUUUUCCAUCUGAAAGAACCAACUUCUUUGCUUAAAUUAGACAUAAAAUAUGACAUUCAAAAGAAUUAUUGAUAUUUUUGAUCACAAUUUUGUAAGAAUAUACAAAUGAAUGUCUAUGAUCAGUCAGUAUUUUACUAUUGAAGAAUAUGAGAUGUAGAUUUUUAAACCUUUUCUUCAUGGGUUAGUUAACUAUCAUAAGAAAAAAAAAUAAAUAAUUACUGAUAAAA